AAACUAGUUGUACAGUAAUAAAAAUGCCACCACCAGAAGCCGGCAAUUGAAGCGCGUUUAUUUGCCGUGCAUUAGUUUUAUUAUUUGGCAUUGUUUUACAUAAUAAAAGUUGUGAAGCAAUGGAGACCCGACUGGAAGUGCUCUUGCGGGAGCCGAAUCCAUUGUUCACCCGUUGGCUGGAGCGCUGGCUGCGCGAAGCGGAGCGCCGAGAACAGAAGUCCCAGUUUAGCCUGCGCCAGGCGUUGGAGUCCCUAAAAAGCUACCCUCUGCCAUUGGCCAGCGGACGAGACUGUUCCAUUCUGCGCGGCUUUGGGGGCACCCUCUGCCAGCUAAUCGACGAGGAACUUCGCCAUCACAGAGGCCUCCAAUUGCUGCCACAGGAGGCCGUGGUUCAGGAGCGCUACGAGCAGCAGGUCCAGGCGGUAGUACGCAAGGUUCAGGAGAAGCAGCUGGAACACCAGAAACGCCAGAAUAAAUGCGACAGGCCCAGGAAGCUAACCAAAAAAGAUCUGGCGGAGCUGGCAGCCCUUGAAGAGCGGGAGCGCGUCGUGCGAAUGAAACCAGGUCAAUUCCAGUUACUCCUUUUGGUGGAUACUCAGGAAACCAGUGGCAAAAACAAGAGAGUUCUGGACCAGACGAGGAGCUACUUGGAGUCCUUGGGAGCCCGUCAUGAAGUGCGUCGCCUGACAAUCGGCGAUUUCCUUUGGGUGGCCCAGGAUCAAGAGGGCAAUGAACUGGUUUUACCCUACAUUGUGGAGCGCAAGAGGAUGGACGACCUGGCAUCGAGUAUUCGGGAUGGUCGCUUCCACGAACAGAAGCACAGGCUGCAGCACUGCGGCCUGCAGCACAUCAUCUACCUGGUCGAGGACUAUGGCGAUAACGAGCAGCUGGGCCUUCCACUGGACUCCUUGCAGCAGGCUCUGACUAAUGCCAAAGUUCAAACUGGUGUCCGAGUGGUGCGCACGGCGAAUCAUUACCGAUCCAUGAGCUAUUUGGCCGGAAUGAGUCGCACCCUUGGCCAGAUAUUCGCCGGCAAGAAGUUGCACAGCGUGGAUCGCGGCGCCAUCGACCAAUCCACCUGCCUGCUCACGCAUUCCGACCUGGGGUUGCUCAAGUUUCGGGCCCUAUAUGAGGAUUCCGCAAAGAAUGCCCAGCUCACAGUGCGCGAGGUUUUCGUGCAACAGUUGCUACAGCUGCAUUCCCUUUCCCUCGAACGCGCCAUGGCUAUUGUGGAAAGAUACCCCACUCCACGCUGGCUGCUGGACGCAUACGCGGAGUGUGCAGACCAAAAGCAGGCCAGGCUACUCCUCGCCAGCAUCCCGUGUGGACCCCUGGAACGUCCACUGGGCGACAAGAUCAGCCAGUGCCUACACGAAUUCUACAGCACGCACUUUCGUUAGGAUUAGCAAUUGAUUUUAUGGGACAUAUCUAAGGUUAUAUACACGAGUUUAUACAUAAGUGAGAGAGAGAAUACGUUGGACAUUGAAUAGUGUGAUCUAGUCUAAGCCAAAAAAUGUACAAGUCAGCCGCCCUUAGAUGUUGCGGAAGUGCCGGAUGGCCAGGUCCACCGGCAGGUCGAAGUCAAAUCGAGAAAGAGCAUCGAUGGAGCGCAGUGAGUCGCGGAAUCCGGUGCGGGCCACGUAGCUGUCUGCUGAGUAGUACGUGUCCACCAGUUCAUGGCAGCUGAGGAUCAGGUUCAGCCACUCCACCAGCAAAUGGGAACUGUUUGAAGGAAGAGAAAAGCAUUUCGAAUGAAAGAAGUGUGAUAAAAGCCAAGGUAAAGGUCUAUCCCCGCGUCCCUGUUAGCCUUAUGCUUAAAUUAAUUCGGCAGACUGCAAAGUCAAAAGCUACCUGCACCUAGCUAAAUAUAUUAAUAUUUACAUAUUUAUAUUUACAUGUUAAAGCAAAAAAUCGAUUAAGCAAUUCAUUGAUAAAAAAGUUUAAGACAGUAGAGAAUUGACAUUACCGCAGAAUUGCUGAUAAUUGCAGUAAGAAUAUUUUGAUUUUGGACACUUGUAAUUAUAAAAAGUUUGUGUGUCUCUUGCUCUUUAAGAUUCCUCUUUGCCAGGAAAAUAACUAUAAAAUGAAGAUUUGAAGAUGUAAAAGGCUAGUGCUUCAAACUAUGCACCUGUAAAUAAUAUGGUAUUGCAAAGUU